CAGCAGCACCGGUCACUUUCAUUUGAAUGCAAAUCGCCAAGAGUUGAGGGGUUGGCUGACGUCAGGCCGGCCUUAGUAAUACCUUUACCAUCUUGUCAACAGAGACACAUCAUGUGAGACUGGAGACAGACUGGAACUAUACGUCGCAUUUCACACUGGGAACCCAUUUGGACUAUAAAAACAGCAGACGGAUUGUUUUUAACAGUUUUCAGGGCUACAAUGUUGCCUUGAAAUCGGUUGCAUCUUCCCUGUUGCUGUUGUGAUCAUAUUUAAUUCUUUUUUGUACAAAUCAUGUAUGUGGGAUACAUUUUGGAUAAAGAAACUGGCAUGUAUCACCAAGGGCCAGUAAGAAGAUCGAGCAUCAAUAUGCCUCCACAGAACUUUGUUUCGACACCUCAGUACCCAGACUUUACUGGAUACCAUCAUGUGCCAAACAUGGAAACGCACGCACAGUCUGCGGGGAGUUGGGGAGCCACUUAUGGAGCUCCACGGGAAGACUGGGGUGCAUACAGCCUGGGACCACCUAAUACUAUCCCUGCACCCAUGAACAACUCCUCUCCCGUACAAGUUCCCUACUGCUCAUCCGAGUACAGUCACAUGCACCCUCCGGGAUCUGCGGUGUUACAGCCGCCGCCGGAAAACGUUAAUGUUGCACAGCUUUCUCCUGAUAGAGAAAGACGCAAUUCAUUCCAGUGGAUGAGUAAAACUGCGCAAUCAUCAUCUACAGGUAAAACAAGAACGAAGGAGAAAUACAGGGUGGUUUACACAGACCAUCAGAGGCUGGAGCUGGAGAAGGAGUUUCAUUUCAACAGAUACAUCACCAUCAGGAGGAAAUCUGAGCUGGCUGUCAACCUCGGUCUAUCGGAAAGACAGGUGAAAAUCUGGUUUCAGAACCGCAGAGCCAAGGAGAGGAAAAUGAUCAAGAAGAAGCUGGGUCAGUCUGACGGCAGCGGGGGGUCUGUGCACAGUGACCCGGGAUCAGUGAGCCCUCUGCCGGUGCCGGGCUCGCUCAGUCCCUCUGACAUCCACAACUCUAUGUACCCUCCUCCGGGAAUGAACAUGUCAUCUAUCAGGAAUAUACAGCAAGUGACUGUGAAUCUGUAACAGUUCACUCCGGACCAUGUAACAAAACUGAGCACUCCGACACGCUGACAGGACACUUGGAUCUGAACUCACGUCCUGAAGCACCAAGCUGUGGAUAAAGAUUUCAUUUAUAGCAACGAAAUACUGGAGGCUCUUGAAAUAUUGCUUUUUUAAAAUAUAGAAUAGUUCUAAUAACGUGGGGAUUUAAAAGAAAAACAAAAAAAUCGACGUGUUUCAAACUUAAAAGCUUUAAAUUUGUUUGUGAGUUAAUAAGAUAUAAAUAUCGUUUUUUGUAUGUGAAGAAGUGUAUGUGAAUAAAAUGAGAAUUCAGGGACAUUAUAAUGAAGUUUUUAAACUGGAUUGUAUGUAGCUCGCCAUGCAAACGGCUUUGACUUGACAAAUCAUUUACACGUUUUCAGCACAAUAUUAUCCGCUUUAGUAAAGCAGGGAACAGCUGUUAAUGAUACGGGUAGAACGGUCGUUUCAUGGCGAAAUGUAAAUAAAAUGUUGUUUUACAGUA